AUGAGAGCUGACAGGUAUGCCAAACCCAACCUAAUCAGGCCACUAGCAGGAGUGAGGGCUGUGCUGUUUUCCAGUCUGUCCAUUGAGGACCAGGAGGACACUCAGUUCCCCUUUGCCAUGAGGGACCUGCCUCCCGUCUCUCAGCCUGGCUAUCAGCACCAGGAACCAGGUCACCAGAUAUCAAUGAACCACGGGGCAGAGGGAACUGGUGCCACAACUAACGGGAGACGCCCCAGCCUUCCCGGGACCCCCAUUCUGGCUCGUCCCAUCCCCUGCCACCCUACCACCGAAUCUCCAACAGCCCCUCAGAGACCACACCGUGCAGGAGUGGACUCAGGGUUUCAGCCCCUGUCGCUGAGGAAGCAGCUCGUCUCGCAGACAUCUCUGGACUCUAUAGGCAGCUCGGUCUCCCGUCCACACAGUCCAUGGGGACGCUUUGACCCCUAUGACUCUGCAGAGGAUCAGGACAAGGAGUAUGUGGGAUUUGCCACGUUGCCCAACCAGGUUCACAGAAAAACAGUGAAGAAAGGUUUCACGUUUACACUCAUGGUGGCAGGAGAGUCUGGCCUCGGUAAAUCCACUCUAAUCAACAGUUUGUUCCUCACUGAUCUCUACAAAGACAGGAAGGUUCCUAAUGCUGAAGAACGAAUCAGUCAAACGGUCGACAUCAUCAAACACACCGUCAGCAUCGAGGAGAAAGGAAUCAAACUGAGGCUCACCAUCAUAGACACGCCGGGGUUCGGAGACGCCGUCAACAACUCAGAAAGCUGGAAGCAAAUAGAGGACUACAUCGGCGAGCAGUUUGAAAAGUACUUCAGAGAUGAGAGUGGCUUGAACAGAAGAAACAUCCAGGACAACAGAGUUCACUGCUGCCUCUACUUCAUCUCUCCAUUUGGCCACGGUCUUCGACCUCUGGAUGUUGAGUGCAUGAAAGCCAUCCAUGAAAAAGUCAACAUAAUUCCAGUGUUGGCCAAAGCUGACAGUCUGACACAAGCAGAGGUCUUCAGGAAGAAGAUGAAGAUCCGAGAGGAGAUCAAGCAGUUUGGCAUCAACAUCUACCAGUUUCCAGAGUGUGAUUCAGACGAGGACGAAGACUUUAAGACCCACGACCAGAUCCUCAAGGACAGCAUCCCGUUUGCAGUGAUCGGGAGCAACGUUCAAGUGGAGAGUAAAGGUCGCAGAUUCAGGGGUCGUCUCUAUCCCUGGGGGGUGGUCGAAGUGGAAAACCCGGCUCACUCUGACUUCCUGUUGCUGAGGAACAUGCUGGUGAGGACGCACAUGCAGGACCUGAAGGACGUGACGCGGGAGACGCACUACGAGAACUACCGAGCGCAGUGCAUCCAGAACAUGACGCGCAUGGUGGUGCAGGAGAGGAAACGCAGUUUGCGUGAGAAGUAUCAAGAAGGCAGCGAGGACAAUUUCCCUCUGCCGCUCGCCGUCGUUGACAGUGAGAAGGAAAGACUCAUCUUUGAGAAAGACGAAGAGCUGAGGAGGAUGCAGGAGGUGCUGGAGAGGAUUCAGGAGCAGAUGCACCACAGUCACCCACAAUUCCCUGGGAGAGGAGACGGACAAGCAGCGAAUAGGAAGACAGAGACAGCCCCUGUUUAUAGAAUGUGAUGUCAGAACAGGA